CAAAUGGCAACUUCUGGGAAGAAAUAUUCCAGCACACUCUCUAGGAAAAGUAGAAAUAACUCUCAAAUGCUUAACUGAGCUCAAGACCAGUGUCAAAGCUGAGCAGACGCUCUUAGGCAAAUUAUUGCUUGAAAUAACUGAUUUUCAACUCUGGGGAAGAACUUGAUGAAAAUUUUGAUGACUCAGCUGGUUAAUGUAAGCCAAUGCAGCCUGGACCAAACAAGAGAUAUGGAACAAAACAAGACGAUGUAUAACCAGACGAACAUUGUUUUCUCUGCUCCAAAGCUUAACAUUCCGAUGGAGCAGAAAAAUGAGACUCUGAAGCAGCAUUCUCAACCAAUUGAACGUUCGGUGGUUAUUGAUGCUGAUGGAUCCUUUAUAUCAAAUGAUGAUCUUAGUCAGAGAAAGUCCAACCUCGCGAGGAUUAAAAGCCUCCGCCCAGGCCCUCAAAUAAUUCAGAAAUUGAAGAAGAACUCGAGCUUAGCAAAGAGGAGAUGUAAAGUGAAGGCUAUUUCUCAUGUGCUCAAGGGAAACAGACGGUCCUCGAUGUCGAAGAAGACAAUUAUAAAGAAAUCAAUUAGCUUACUGAAGCAAGGCUUAUUGAAGAAAUUAACUACUGAUCUCAAUAGCAUUGGAGGUCAUAAAAAGAGUUUGCUGAUCUUAGAACCCAAGCCUAAGAAGAAAUCAGCUCAAGUAGAAAAUUUCAAAAUUAAAGCCAAAUCUCCAGACUUACUUCAGCCUCCUCAGAAUUAUGAGAUUAAUAGCAUGAAUAGCUCAUUCAGACUGAGCGAUGAGCUUAAGAGCAUAGCAAGUAAAGAUUCUAGUUGAUCAUCAAGUAAAAAUUAACAAAAAAAUAGCUCUAAUAAUUCGUCUCCUCCAAUUCCC